UUGUUAAACCAGUUCUCACCUAGCUAAAGAAUGUAAGGAAAAUGUUUCAUGUACUUUAUGUAACAGCAAGAGACACCCAACAUUUUUACACAUGGACAAACAGCAGUUGACUUCAACCAGGCAGGCACAGAACUCAACAGAUCAUGGCGGGGAGGAAAGAAAUUCCCGCAGAGGCUAUAUCAUCCAAUGUACACAGAUUGUAUUGUUCCUCUGGACUCCUCUGAAGAUCUUGUUACUGAUUGGAAGAGAUGUUAUCGAAACACACCUCGUGUUAGACCAACGGAUUGGAACCAAGGGAGCCCCAUACGCUCAGAGAUUACCGCUUGGAUGGGUAAUUAUUGGAGAGACAUGCCUGGGGAAGAUUCAUAGCCCUGAAGUUGUAAAUGUCAACAAGAUCAAAGUAUGGAAUAACGGACGAACCUCUUUGUUAACACCUUGCCCCGACAACUUCCUUGCCAGAGAGACUGACCCAGUAUUCAAACUUACUCAAGAUGAUGACAAACCUGGAUUGUCAGUGGAAGAAAGACAAUCCAUUUAAGUUAUGGACAGAGAGAUGUAUAUGGGACCAGAAGGUAAUUGGACGGACCACUUCCCUUUAAACUGAACAGACCUGCUCUUCCAGAUAAUAGAAGUCUAGCAUUGAAAAGAGCUGUUUCUCUUGCAAGAAGACUUCAUCAGGAUCCUGUAAAGAUGGAACACUUUGUGCAGUUCAUGACUAACAUAUUUGACAAGAAGCAUGCCGAAAUUGCACCUUGCCUAGAACCUGAUGAAGAACACUGGUAUCUGCCGAUAUUUGGUGUUUACCAUCCAAAGAAACCCGGAGCAAAUCCGAGCAGUGUUUGAUUCUUCAGCUACUCUACAAGGAAUAUCUCUCAACAAUGUCCUCCUUUAGGGACCAAAUUUAACCAACAGUCUUCUUGGU